AUGUCAAAAUCUUUUGGUAAAUAUUUCUAUGAGGAGAAAAAUCUGUUAGGUUCUGGCGCUUUUGGAAAGGUUUAUCGUGGUUUUGAUACUGAGAACAAGAUUGAAGUAGCAAUAAAAGGUAUUGAAAUAUAAUAAAACGAUUUUUAGUUUCAUCAACAAAAAAUGUAAGAAAGGAGGUUCUAGCUAUAUUAGAAAAUGAGAUUUAAAUGAUGAAAAGAUUAGAGCAUCCAAAUUUGAUCUAAUUGUAUGAUGUUUUUGAAUAAAAUGAUGAAAAGAUAGUUGUAAUGGAGUUAUGUAAAAGAGAUUUAAAAGACUUGAUAACAAAGAAGAAUGUUUAAGAGAAUGAAAUAUUAAAUAUAGUACUUCAACUCUUAAAUGGUUUAAAAGAAUUGGCCAGAUUAGGGUUACUUCAUAGAGAUUUAAAACCUGCAAAUUGUUUUGAAUGUGGAGGUAUCUUUAAACUUGGUGAUUUUGGAUCUGUAAUUGAAGCAGAUUAUAGUGGAAAAAAGUUAAUGAAACAACAGUUUGGUACUUUAGCUUAUGAAGCACCUCAAAUGUUGAUGAAAGAAAAGUAUAGUGUAAAAUGUGAUAUUUGGUCACUUGGAAUAUUGAUUUAUGAAAGUCUAUUUGGUUAAUAUCCUUGGUAAUGUUAAACAGAGGGAUAAUAUUUAAGAGCUAUGAAAACUUGGGGUGUUAGAUUUCCAAUUGGUAAAAGAAUUUCAAAUGAAUGCUAAGAUUUUAUUUUAAGAUGUUUAGCUAUUUAAGAAAAGAAUAGAAUGGAUUGGGAUGAAUUAUUUGAACAUAGAUGGUUAAACAUUUAAGAAAAUGAAAGAAAAUUUGUAAUCAAAAUUUUAUUAUUAUAUAUAGACUAAUUCAUUAAAUUAUGAAUAAAUUGAACAUCAAUUAUUAGAUCAUCUUAAUCAGAUUGCUGCAUAAUAGCAUUUCCAUCCUAAAGAAAUGUUUUAGAUUUAUGAUUUAGAAAACAAAGGACUACUAGAUUUUAAACAAUUUGAACGAUUUAUUAUGUAAUUCGAUCCUCGUCUUAUUAAAAAAGAGAUUAUAGCAUUGUUUUCUUAUUUAGAUCAAGAUCACAAAAAUAAAAUAGAUCUUUCUUAAUUUGAAAAAAUAUUUAGACAAUGA